AUGGCUGCAAAACUAUUAGCACCGUGUUUUGUAGUGCUGCUUUUCCUUUCUUUUCUGGUUAUAUAUGUGUCUGCCAUGCCAUCAAAGAGGAGAGGUUUUUUUAGCACAAUCAAAGAACUCAACCUCAAAGGGCCUUAUAUUGGUCUCAUAACUGUGUAUUCACCAGAAGAGAAGGCUUUCUUCGGAACUGCGGUGUUUAAGCCUGAUGCUAAACACCCAUUUCUGGAUCUGUCGGGUAGAAAGUAUGGUGUUGAAGGACGAAGGUAUCGAGUGGGAAAAAUCUAUGGGAAGGAAGUCAUCUAUGUGAGAUGCGGGGUUGGAAUGGUGAACGCUGCCGCAGUAACACAACAAAUGCUGGAUCUGUUUGACAUAAAUGGGAUUGUUCAUUUUGGCAUUUCUUUGCAAUUUGAAUGA